UCGUCGCUCCGCAAAUUAUGUCCACAUGUCCGGCACCGAGCGAGCAAACUGAGACGGGGCUGGAGGCAGGAUCUCAGAGAAGCUGUUGCUUAUGCAUCUGUCCAAAACGCAGUUUAUCUGGGGACGUUUUGGAUCUGCCGGAUAGCUGGUGUGAUUUGAAUUUGAAGGGGUCUUCGGAGGGGAUGGGAGAUUCCCGUCAUGUGCGGGUUGUUCGUGACAUCAGCUGCACUGGGAAUAGCGCUAUCCAUCACUGCCGGGGUUACUUACAAAUGUAUACAUCCCCACUGAAGGCGUGACACGGGGCCAAACAGUCCAGAAAACACACUUCGCAUAUCGGCUGGAAAUAUUUCUCCGCCGAAGCAUAUUUAGUUGUUUCAUUAAAACGUAUAAUGUUUUAAUAUGCAACACCACGGAUGAUUCUAAAUAACAUGACUGGAGGAACUCUUGACGACGUUUAUUACGGGCAUGGUGCCAUCAUUACUGAAAUAUUAUUGCAACUGUUGUGUAUGGGGUUUAUGUGUAUUUGUAGGUACUGAACAGAAAGUAUAGGCAAUGAAAUGUCUCUAUCCUCAAUACUGUAGCUUUCAUGGUUCUCUCUAUAUCUUAGUUAUGUUUGUUAAUUUUUUUAUUGAUUUUAGGGGCGAAGUCUAAGUAUUCUAUUACGCAUUAAGGUGUUACACAGCAUGAUGUUUAUCUGAGCAUACCCACCCGCUCGCUGGCGGUCAGGAACGGGGGGCUGUCACUUCUGUCCUUCGGUGCUCCAGCCUUCCUGUGAUCACGAACCAAAAGGCAUAUCGUAAUUUUACACACGUGAUGCUUUAGUUUUAAAAUAACUCGAGUAUAUGAAUGAAGUCUCGUUUUCGGAAGACGUGCUGCAAAGCUAUUUGUGUGCGUUUUUAUCUUCGUAUUUCCACGCCGACUGAAUGAUUCUUAUCCGAGAGCAGCUCACGCAUCCAUGCCAAGAAAUUUGAUCCAGGAGUCCCAGCCCAGGAGAAUCCAUUGUACCUUUGGAGGAUGGAUAGGGGGUCUGGAGAAAACCACAUCUCUCCUUUGCAAGGACAUAACCACUGCUGCCCCAAUUUCAAGACAUUUCUGACAGCCUUGGGCUUUGCCUAUUUCGCCAAGACGCUGUCCGGCAGCUAUAUGAAGAGCACGGUGACUCAACUGGAGCGCCGCUUUGAUGUCCCCAGUUACCUGAUAGGGGUUAUUGAUGGCAGCUUUGAGAUGGGUAAUUUGCUGGUGAUUGCGUUUGUCAGUUAUUUUGGGGCGAAGCUUCACAGGCCAAAGAUCAUUUCAGUAGGAUGCCUCCUGAUGUCUGCUGGGACGUUCUUAAUGGCCAUACCUCACUUCAUCACUGGCCGCUACAAGUUUGAAACAUCAGUCAGGUCUUCGGUGAACACCAGCACUAGUCUAUCCCCAUGUUCAGCAAGCUCACUCGACCCGCUGACACCAGGCGACAGGCUUCCCGCCAUCCCAGGCUGUGAGCGGGAGUCCAGUCUCUCCAUGUGGAUCUACGUUCUCCUGGGAAACAUAUUGCGUGGAAUCGGCGAGACUCCCAUACAGCCGCUGGGAAUCUCGUACAUCGACGACUAUGCCCGUGCGGAAAAUGUGGCCUUCUACAUUGGCUGCAUUCAAACAAUAUCCAUCAUUGGUCCAGUGUUUGGCUACUUACUGGGAUCUAUCUGUGCUGGAAUAUAUGUCGACAUUGGAUUUGUGGACAUGGACAGCAUCACGAUCACCCCGGGCGAUGCCCGCUGGGUGGGGGCCUGGUGGCUGGGCUUCAUCAUCGCAGGGACCGUCACCCUGCUCUCUGCCAUCCCGUUCUGGUUCCUGCCCAAGUCGCUGCCCGCGCCAGCAGGCCUCCGGCUCUCUGGGUACACCGCGGGAGAGCAGUCCCGCUUCGCCACGGGCGCGUCGCAUAGCGAGGAUAAGCACACUGCUGACGAGCCACCUGUACUCCUCGAAAUGGCGAAGGAAUUUCUGCCAUCUUUGAAAAACCUGCUUGGCAACCCAGUCUACUUCCUGUAUCUCUGCGUGACCAUCGUCCAGUUCAACUCCCUGAUUGGGAUGGUCACAUACAAGCCAAAGUACAUCGAGCAGCAUUAUGGACAGUCAGCCUCCAACGCUAACUUCCUUAUGGGCGUCAUCAACAUCCCGGCUGUGGCCCUCGGGAUGUUCUCAGGAGGUGUCAUCAUGAAGAAGUUCAAGAUGAGCCUCAUGGGGGCAGCCAAGUUCGCCUUUGGGACGUCACUGCUGGGCUACUUGCUGUCCCUCUUCUUCUUCUCCAUGGGCUGUGAGAAUGCCAGGGUGGCAGGGAUAACAGUGACCUACAGAGGAGUGGAGGGACUCUCUUACAACGAGAAGUCGCAGCUUGCAGACUGCAACUCCGGCUGCUUCUGCUCCACGAACGACUGGGACCCGGUGUGCGGCGAGAACGGAAUCACAUAUGUUUCUCCGUGCUUAGCCGGAUGCCGUACUUCCCGUGGAUCAGGGAAGAACACGGUGUUCGAGCAGUGCCAGUGCGUGGCAGAGGCUGGCCAAGGCCCCCACAACCUGACGGCCACGGCGGGACACUGUCCUCACAGAGAGGGCUGCGAUCGCAUCUUCCCCUACUUCCUGGCCCUCUCUGUCAUCAGCUCGUUCAUCAUCUCUCUGGGUGGCACCCCGGGCUACAUCCUGCUCAUCAGGUGCAUUAAGCCAGAGUUAAAGUCCUUAGCUUUGGGAUUACACACACUGGCUACACGGACUCUUGCGGGAAUCCCUGCCCCCAUAUACUUUGGGGCCAUCAUCGACAGCACCUGCCUGAAGUGGGGACAGAACAGAUGUGGACGGAGAGGAGCUUGCAGGAUCUACAACACUGCGGCAUACAGGAUCGUCUACCUGGGCCUGACACUGGGGCUGCGGACCGCGUCCUUCUUCCUCUGCUUGCUGGGAAUCGUGCUGCUAGAAAAGCAGAUCAGGGAGGAGGCAGAGGAGCGGGGCAAGCUGGGGAACGGCACGGCAGAGGCCGUCACGAAGGGCGAGGAGGAAGACGACAGCGGCGACAGCUCGGCACACUACAGCCAGCUGAUACGGACGUCAGGCCGUGAGCCUGACAGGGAGACGCGUCUCUGAGCCGCCCCAUCUCCACCCUCACGCAUGCACUGGGCAGCACCAGCAAACAUCGCAAACUGAUUUCAUACUGCAGAUAUAUAUUUCUACACAGAUCACAACAAAAUAUUUCAUAGAAACUGCAAAUACGUUUUACAAAAGUUUUUUUUUUUUUUUUUUUAAGAUGUAAUUUUUGUAUUGACUUUUUUAAGUGUCUGACUGUAAAUGGUUUGGAGCUGUAGAAGUACGGACUUUCAUUCCACGAUAGCUUUUCGUGACUGUUGAAACUGUGUCCUGUGUCUCACUUUCUGGUUCAGGCCUUGUGUUGCAGAGACACGGCUAUGUCAGGUCAUUACGUUCCCCAUCUUCUUUAAAGCCGUUCAUGAAGUAACGUGGCAGUAAUCAUUUCAGGGUGUCGUGGGCACCCAUGACACACUUCCCUGUACACAUCCGGCCUUCUUUGUCACAGGAUGUGGUUUUUGGUACAGCAUCAUCAGCUGACACCUCAGACUGGAACCAUGCAGCAGUACGAUGUGAGGUAGCGUAUGAGGCCUUACGCACCACCCGCAUUGUUCUUAAUUACCCGGCCCUUUGUGCCUCAGCCUUCUGAGCCACCAUCAACCCUAACAGAGAUGUUGAUUUCAGUAGAAUAGGUUUAUCGUACCUUGUCCGUAUUCAAUAUUAUUUCCAUAAUAGAAAAUUAAUUUUUAAAAAGCUGGAUAACAAAUGAAUAUUACUGCAAAUACCAUAACCUAAAGUAAAAUAUUCAGUUCUUUUCUAAAGUCUCUCUAAAAAUGAAUGUGUGCAGAUUUUCUCUUUUGAAUCAAAUGUAAUUUUCUUGAAAUCUAAGACACCUUUUUCUGACCCGUGAAUACCAUCCAGUACGUGUGAUUUUAAGAGGGGAAAAACUAGAUAAAAUCCAUAGAGCAUGACUUAACAAUCCAAACAGCAGCACGUAAAUAAGUGUAAACAUUCCACAUCUCCAUGCUUGAUAGAUUUUAAAAACAACCUCAUUCCCUUCAGCUGUGACCCAACAUCAGUAUAUUUCUUUAGCAUACAAAAAUUCAGAAAAUCUAUAUAUUAUCAGUGCUUGAAGUGGGCCGGAACGCAGCGGAACGCAGUUCCGGAACUUCUGUAUUUUCGUCUUUUGGGUUCCGCCACUUUUU